AUGGUAGCGGGACCAGAGGUACCUCCAGCUGCUGCCAGAUCCUGGUGCUUCCCAAGCUCUGAAUCCUGCCCUGGGACACCCCACCACUUCUCUGAGGCUGCUUCCCUUGGCAGAGCACACCCGGGGGAGGCGUGGGCGGGGGAGAUGAGGGCUGCUUGAAGAUCCCUGCAUUACCUCACCAGUUAAGGCAAGGGGAGGGAAAGAGAGACAGAGAAAGAGAGGGAUGGUUGGAGAGGGAGGACGUGGACCACGAUGCGCAGCAGAGAAGCUGUGACUGGAGAUUGUUAGAGGGGCUGGGUAGCUGCGGUCAAGAGCAGUCGAGCUCUGGGUCUCUGUUGGUCUUCAGUAGGGUGGCUGGGUAUCUGUUUGGGGCUGGUUGGUCUUCAGUUAGGUGGCUGGGGAUCCUGAAGUCUUCAUGGCUGAGAAGCAGCUGGAGGAUCUUAAGUCCAUCCCAGCAGAGCAGACAAGGAUGGAUCCACAGAACCAGUCCAGUCUGAGAACACCGCAGCCUGGACACAGACAGUCCACACGCAGGGAUCCUAAGAAGUGGGUAAGUAAAAUCUCUACAGAACCUGGAGGGAAUAAAGUAGACUUGUGGGCACUUCAGGGAUAUAGCUUGAAAGUAAUUGAAAAGAAACAGGUCAUCUCAGCUAUACUUGCUUCCAUUUAUGUUAAUUAGCUCUACAAAAUUACAUUGUGAAUUCUUUCUGAAUUACACAAUCUCAGCUAUACUUGCUUCCAUUUAUGUUAAUUAGCUCUACAAAAUUACAUUGUGAAUUCUUUCUGAACUACACAAUAUUUAGAACCGUCACGUUACAUAUUUGCUAAAUUAACUUCACACAUCAGAUCUUGUGGUAUGGAAACUGAUGUUAUAGUGCACUCUGAUGUUGUGUACCAACUUAAAUCUGUAAUUUGAAAUUCAUUGUUAUGACAUUCUUUUCUAAUUUCCUAUCUCCAUAUAAAUGACGGCUCAUUUACCAUGUAAUCAUAUAAGUGUCUCUGCUCCUCCUGCGUGGUCCAGGUGUGGUCUGGGUGUGUUAAUGGGGUGCAGCCCAGCAGGGCCAUGAAGUCCCAGCACUCCCCAGAGAACGCUGCCAGGGAGAGGAGCCGUGUGCGUAACCUCCGCCAGGCCUUCCACAGCCUACAGGCAGCCCUGCCCUCCGUCCCCCGUGACACCAAGCUCUCCAAGCUGGACGUCCUGGUCCUGGCCACCGACUACAUCGCCCACCUUACUGAGACCCUGGACCAGGGAGGGCCUCUGUCUGAACUCACACUACCCCCCAGGGCAGGGGGCUACCUCCACCCAGUCAAGGUUGGUGACAUCAAACUACCUGGGUGCUUAUCUUUUUAGUUCCUUGGUCAUCAUAGUUUAUAAAUCUGUUCAUCAUCAUCUCUUCGUGUUUCAUGUCAUAAAUUCAUGUCCAGACAUUCAGUUAAUAUCAGAGUGAAUUGUAGUGUAAUAAAAGGAUGUCCAUAGUAGGCAUCAAUACUUACAUUAUCUAUAUGACUAUAAUCUAUAAUUUGGUAUGUUUAUUAUAAUCAUACAGACUAACUAUAGUUGAACAUGUCUCCUGUCCUGACAGAAGUGGCCAAUGCGCUCCUUGCUGUACUGUGGGAGUGUAGGAGAACUUCUGUCAGCCAAUCAGACGCCAGCGUCAGGGGAGAAGGAGACACAUCCACUGACCCCUACCCCAGAGGUCAACAUGGACCGAUCUGUUUAG